AUGAAGGAAUUCCCCAGGAAGUUCCUUAGCCUACGGGAUAAGAGCGGCGAGCACCACCGUAGCAAGUCUGCUCCUCCCGCAAACAAGGCCCGUCCCCUCUCAGCUGAGGCGUUCCGCGCCAUCUUCAAACCCGAUCAUGCGAGACAGACUCACCUGAACGAGCUGGAAGCUGCGAGAGAAGCCUCCAAGGUGGAGGACAUUCAACGGAGCCUGGAUCGGUUGGGCAUUACGGACGUCACUGUCGAACAUAUUCGAGAUAUCUUGGCGACCAAAUUCGCAAAUGGAGACCCAGAGCGCACUGUCCAAUUCAUCGACAUCGAGCAGAAGGCUUCCUCUGGUGUCAUUAUCCCCUAUGAUCCGAGCGUCCAUAUGGUUGGUGCCGAAAACCGCAGCGCCGUCACCUGUUACAUCGAUGCCCUUCUCUUUGCCAUGUUCUCCAAGCUAGAUGCUUUCGAGUGUAUGCUCAAGAAUGACUUCCCCGUAGACGAUCCCAGGAAUAAGCUGGUCACACUACUGCGCAUCUGGGUCAACAUGCUACGAUCGGGCAAGCUGAUACACACAGAUCUGACAAAGGUCAUUCAAGAUACAAUGGCCGAAUGUGGCUGGUCCGAUGCUCGUCUUUUGGAACAGCAAGAUACCUCGGAAGCCUUUGCUUUCCUCACCGAAAAGUUAGAAUUGCCUCUGCUCUCACUACAAGUCGACCUGUACCACCAAGGCAAACAAGAUAAAGACGACCACAAAAUUGUUUACGAACGACUGUUGAAUUUGGCCGUGCCCUCGGAUCCUGACGGCAACGGCGUGAAGCUGGAAGACUGUCUAGAGGAGUAUUUCAAUACCCAAGUCGACGUGCUUAGAGACAGCGAGGAGGCAAAGAAGGCAGACCCAGACGCCACCAACCCAAGCUUGUCACCUAAAUUAUUGAUCCCGGUCCAGAUCCAGCUGGUGAGAGAUGGGGAAACAAGCUCUACCCCUGCAGCCGUGACUUCAUCUCCGCUCGAGAUGUCGCCGGCGAAGCCCGUGGCAAAUACCUUGGUGGAGAAAGACGAGGAUCAGGAUCGAGAAGAAGAGGCCGAGGUUGGCGAUCAGUCAACAGCCUCUUCCUCCAACCCGCUCAGGAACAGGUCAGCCAGUGUCAUCCAGCGAGUACUGCUUGACGAUCAGGGCCGCCCGACCAGUUCUGAGAACAUUGCACUGCGAAAAAGGACCAGUCUAAAGGGAUCUACUGUCGUCAGGGCAGUGACUAUACCCGCAUGGCAGUUCUUCCGCCUGAUCCCCUGGCACGCAGUCAAGAGCACCGAGCCGCAGAGUAACGUCGAGGUUGCAAUGAACUUCGACCAGCGCCCCGUCGUAGGCAUUUGUCUAAAGCGAUAUGCCAUGACCGAGUCUGGCCGACCCCAGCGUCACAACACGUACAUUGACAUUCCGGAGAGCAUGCGACUCCCUCAUUUCAUGCUUGCCGACGGGCCGCACAUAGAGGAGGAGACAAACGGGCUAGCGACAGAGUACAAGCUUGUUCUGCAAUCCGUCAUCUGCCACAGAGGCGAUUCUCUGCAAAGCGGUCACUACAUUGCCUUUGCCAGGGUUGCCCCGAAGCUUCUGACGGAUAACAGAAAGCAUGCCAUCGACCCGCCUCCAGAUUACGAGGAAGCGCAAUGGGUCAAGUUUGACGACCUCGAGAUCGGCAAUCGGGUCACGUUCGUCGAGGAUAUAAAGGAGUCCCUUAAGGUCGAGAUGCCGUACCUACUGUUCUAUCAGAUCGUUCCCAUGGUCGAUCCUCCAGGUCCUUCUACAGACAGCACGGCGGGCGGUCCGCCGUCCUAUGACGAGUCAAGAACCACGGCUUCUACCCCGGCUCUUGCAACUCAUUAUGAACACAAGGCCUCGGCCUCUACUCAAGCGCUGGUGACACACCACGAACACCCACCGUCAGCUUCAACUGGUCGUCUUGGCCAAAGUAAGCCGCCUAGCAUCCGAUUGUCCGCAGAAGUCGAGCGCCCGUCCCGCAAGUGGCUGGAGGGUAUCAGCAUGAACUUCGGAGGCUCAUCAUACGGAGAGACGGCCAUGUCGCGACGCCAGAGCUACGCCCUGACCGACUCCGCUGCUCAAUCGCCGGCUAUAACUCCUGACACCCAGUCGCCUGCCAUGGCACCGGUCGAUGAGCCACCAUCCUCGCGACUCUCGCGUGCGGCAUCGCGCUUCAACUUGGGGAAACAGAGUCGCCCGGCUAGUCAAUCGGGCGAGGGUCGUAUGAGUCUCAACUUGAGUCGCUUUGGCGGACUGAUCAAGACGAGCAAAGAGCCGCUGCCGGAACCACCAGCUCUCAAUAUUUCAUCGGCGAACUCAGCGGGACAGCGCAGCCCACAGCCCGGAUCCCCUACGUCGCUCGAAAAGCAGCUACCACCCUCAGGCAACGAGACACAUGACAGAUCGGACAAGCCGGAAAAGCACGAAAAGACCGACAAGGUCGACAAAAGUGAAAAGCACAAGCACAAAAGGAAAAAGUCCAAGGAGAAGAACGAAAAGCAGAAGUCGGGGGAUCAACCGGAGCGGGAGUGCGUGGUAAUGUGA